AUGCUCUCCGCGCGUCUGUGCUCGCUGCUCUCCCUCACGCACCUCCACAUCGACGGGCUCUCCUCCUCAAUCAUACUCCCCUUGGACCUCGGCAGCCUGCACAACCUGCGCUCUCUCUCCCUCACCGGCGGCAUCUGGCUCUGCCUGCCACACUCGCUCACCCGCCUCGCCCCGUGCCUGCAAUCACUCAAGCUGCACUACAGUGGCCACAAGGACGCGGACGCCUUUCGCCGCAAGCUGCCUUCCUUUCUCACCUCUCUCACCUCGCUCACCAACCUUCACCUGCGCAACAUGUACCUUCCAUCCCCCCCGCCUGCCUUUGCGCGCCUGCGCGCCCUCCGCACGCUGCGCAUAGAGUAUAACACCACCUUCCGCAGCCACGUGUCCUUUCCAGAAGACCUGGGCCAGCUGGCAGCCUUGGAGUGGCUGGAGCUGAAAUGCUGCUCCACAAGAGCAGGGCUUCCGCAGUCUCUCUGUGACCUGGGCUCUCUGCGGCGCUUGUACCUUGGUAGCAAGACCCUGUCGCACCUGCCCACUGCCAUUUCCCGGCUGUCGCGCCUAGAAGAGCUCACUAUCCACUGGUGCCACAGUCUCACAACUCUGCCCCGGGGGUUUGGCCAACUGGGAGCGCUACGGAAACUGACCAUUGGUGGUGCGUCCAGGGAUUACCUUCCUGACAAUCUCUCCUCCCUGUCUGCGCUCCGAGUGGCCUGCUUCAGCUUUUGCAAGCAGCUGCACUCCCUCCCGCCCACCCUCGGCCUGCUGCCGCGCUUAGAAGUGCUUCAGUUGAGGGAGUGCGUGGCACUCAAGCCGCUGCCGAAGUCGCUCAGAGAGGCAAGGGCGCUGCGGCAUGUGGAUGUGUAUGGUAGUGGUGUGGCGGAGGAAGGGAUGGAGGUGGACGUUUGUGCAAGUAAAGUGCACGUUGUGAGGGGGAGGAUGGAAGGGGACGAGUACGUGGGGACGAAGGAUAGGCGGAGGAAGGGGAGACGGUGUCGGGGUGAAAAUUUGGGAAUGCCGUAG